AUGAACUCAGAAGACGAAGACUUUAACGAUAUCUAUGGUGACGAACCUGUAGCUGAAACCAAGAAUGAUUCUAAUACUACCGCACCAGCUGCUACUAAAGAAUCUUCAGAAGAUAAACAAGAACAACCUACUUCUUCGUUAGAUCAAUUGGCUGCUUUACAAGCUUUAUCUUCAAAUUUGAAUAACUUAGCUACUCCAAAUAGUAAUAGUAAUAAUAAUACUUCUACAGAUCUAAAUAAUACUACUAAUAACACACAAUCUACUGAAUCAGAAGCAGCAGCUGUAUCAACAGCAACUGGCGCUUCAGAUGCCUCUGCCUCUAUGGCAGGUGGAAGCACAACUACUUCAGGAAAUGUUGCAGCUCCUGGAGGUCUACCUUGGGAACAAUUACGUCAAACAAUGUCACAAUUACAACAACCUGCAGAUUCUUCAAGACCUGUUAAGGCUGAUUUAUCAAAAGAUAGCUGUAAGAUGUUCAUUGGUGGUUUGAAUUGGGAGACUACUGAAGAAACCCUACGUGAUUAUUUCAACAAAUAUGGUAAAGUUGUUGAAUUAAAAAUUAUGAAAGAUAAUAAUACUGGUAGAUCAAGAGGUUUUGGUUUCUUAACUUUUGAAGAUGCUACAAGUGUCGAUGAAGUAGUCAAGACUCAACAUAUUCUUGAUGGUAAAGUUAUCGAUCCAAAAAGAGCUAUUCCAAGAGAAGAACAAGAUAAGACUGGUAAGAUUUUUGUAGGUGGUAUUGGUGCUGAUGUCAGACCAAAGGAAUUUGAAGAUUUCUUUGCACAAUAUGGUACUAUUAUUGAUGCCCAACUAAUGUUGGACAAGGACACUGGUAGAUCAAGAGGUUUCGGUUUUGUAACAUAUGAUUCCCCAGAUGCUGUUGAUAGAGUUUGUCAAAAUAAAUUCAUUGAAUUUAAAGGUAAGCAAAUCGAAAUCAAGAGGGCUGAACCAAGAACCAAUCAGAAACCAACUCAACAACAAGCACCACAGCAGAUGAUGCAAAAUAUGAAUCCAAUGAUGUAUCAAAACCCAAUGAUGUCUGGAUUCAACCCAAUGUAUAAUCAACAGGCUAUGACUGAUUAUUAUCAACAAAUGCAACAAUAUUAUCAACAGAUGCAACAACAAACUGGUGUAGAUUAUACUCAAAUGUUCCAACAACAGAUGUCAAUGAUGAUGCCAGGCAUGGGUAAUAUGGCUGGUGCUUCUGGUGCUGGCGCGGGUACAGGUUCCGCCAGCAAUUCAAACACAGGCACUCCACAAGAUACCAAUAAUGGCGGUGCCAGCGGUAAUGUUCAAACCAUCGGUGGUGAAUCUUCAGAAUCUAAAGAUGAAGAAAAAGGUUCUGAUUCAUCAAUAAACUUGCCAAAGGGCCCAAGGGGUCCAGCAUCUCCAGCAAACGAUUAUGAGCGUAGCAAUGAUCGUGGUGACCGCAGUGACCGUAGUGAUCGUAACGAUCGUGACUACUAUCGUGGAUCUAAUAACGGUCACCGUAGAAGAGAUCACCGUAGUAGCAGUGGAGGGUUCCGUGGUGGCCGUGGUGGUAGUAGACGUAAGCACGGAUACCAUCCAUACAACAGGUAA